UGUUCUUGUCUCUUGAGCUCAUGACUUCUUGAAUACAUUUUAACUUCACUGAUUGUGUGAAGUUGAUAAUUUAUUAUUUGUUUUGCCAAUACUCAAUAGCAACUACACACUAUAACAGUAGUUGUGAAUUGUAAUUGAAGACUCAAAACAAGUUUCAUCAACUAUCAAAUCAAAAUUUUCCAAUGUUUGUGCAGAUCACUCGUUAUUAAUAUUCAAUAAUUGAAUAGAUACGUAGUGUAUAUAUUUGCUCUUUCAAUACCGUUCGUUUGACACUAUGGGUGAAAUCAUAUCAGACCAAGAGUUACGUCGCCGUUUGUUGGUGUUCAAUGCAGUAGUCCCUCCAGUGACUAGUACUACCAGGAACUUGUUAUUGAAAAAACUUGCAAGUCUAGAGAGUAAACAAUCAAGUAAUACAAUAGAUGCUUCUAAUAUUAUGCCACCACCAAAGUUAAGAGGUUUAGCUAAUAGUACCAAUGAAUCUAUAAUGAUAUCAUCUUCUGUGGAUGGAAAACAUUCUCAGCAUAAGACAUUUGAUAGCACAAGUAGUCCCAGGAAAAGUGUUCGUCAACGGCGACAGUAUCGAGCUCCAGAUCUAUUUGAUACCUCAGAUUCUGAAGUUGAUGCGGGCACCCUUGGACAGUCCAUACUUCCUGCUAAUCCAUAUAUAGCUAGUUCUUCUCCUAAAUCAAAUGAAACAUCUUUGAUGAAUGUAUCCAACUGGAAAAAUUCACAUGACUAUCAAAACUCAUAUGUGUCACCAGAAACAAAAAAUUCUCCUGUAAAAAAACGUGAAAUACAAUCAGAAAAAAUAACAUCUAAACUUUUUGACUCCAAUAUAAUUAAAACACCAACAGAAGAAGUUAAUCAGAAACUACGGGUAGGUUCUGUUUCCAAAACUCCAUCACAUGCUGAUCAGGCAAUACAAAGGUGGAAAGAAAAAAUGAUGAGCCAAUCACGGGAUAAAGAUAAUGUACCAAAAACAACUUCAUUGUUUAAUUCACCAUCACCUAUUUCAAAAGUCACUCCAAAAAAUUUAAGGAAAAACUUUGUUCAGUCUACACAGCAAAAGAGUUUUAUAAAUUAUACAAAAAACACACAAAAUAUCAUCCUCCUAGUUGUUGGAUUUUUUGCAGUAGUUUUUGGAUUAUACUUUAUUUCAAUACAACCAAAUACAACUGUUUUACCAACAAGUAUUUUAAGCUCAUUAUGUGCAAAAAAAGGUCUCCAAGGACUUGAUUGUGAUACAGAACAAGAAAAAGUACAGCGUUUGUAUAACUCAUUAGUAUCACAAGUACAAGAUAGAUAUGUAAAGAACCAAUGUGACAAAUCUGAUAUUGAGCCUAUAGUUAAUCCACAAACUGUAUUUGAAUAUAUUUCAACACAUGAAAACCUACCAUCCAGGGAAAUUGAAGAAUUGGUUGAACUUUUUAAAAGCAUUGCAAAAACAUAUUCUGAUUCACCAAUUGGAUUUGACACUUCAUUUAACAUCAAUGUACAACCAAAUUUGCCAAUUCUCUGUGCAGUAAAACAUAUUUUUUCUAAUAUGUUCUAUCUAGCUACAUGGCUUGGAAUAGUGGCUCUGUCAAUUGUUGGUCUUUAUUUUGUUAUAUGCUACAUCUCAACAAAAAGUGAAAACUAUAAACAAGAAAUUAACCAAUUAGUUGAAAAUACAAUUGAGUUACUAAAAGAACAAGCACAAAAUAAACCAAAUGAAAGUUAUCUACCUAUUAUUCAUAUACGUGAUCAUUUGAUUCCAUUCAAUGAAAGACAAGCAAAAUCUAAAAUUUGGGCUGAAGUAGUUCAAUACUUUACUGAAUCAGAAUCUAGUGUACGAUCCGAAGUCCAAGAAAUUGAUGGUGAAGACUUCGAAGUAUGGAGAUGGGUUCAGCCUAUGUCACCUGGUGUGUAGUAUGAGUUAUGUUACAUAAUACAACUUAAUGACAUAAAUUGAGUGACAAUUAGCAUAUCUCAUUAUUUUUAUAAAUCAUUUGGUUUGUACUUAUUGUUCAAGCAAUCAAAUAUAAAAUAGUUUUAUUAUACGAACAAAUGUUUAAUUAUAAGUACUUUGUAUUUUUGUAUUAUUUAUUUAUAACAACAAUGUAUUACUUCAAUAGUAAUUAAUAACACUCAUAUUUUUGUUCAAAACAAAAAUAAAACAACAUAAUUAUAUUUUCUGUAACAUCAUAUAUUUGGAAUAUAAUAAACAGAAAAAUUAAAACAAA